AUGGUUGCCGUGCUUGGGUCGUCUGUUUUAGCCGCCGUCCGUAAUCGAGCCGAGAGAUAUGACCCCAUACAUUCCGAGUUUGCUAGAAAUUCUAUUGGUUGGGAAAUAGUUUGGAGAAAGGGCAAAGGGUCGACUCGAUCUACUAUAGAUCGAGUUGCUACUACCGAGCCAAGUCGAAGCAAUGUCUUCCAAGUAACCUCCACUCCAAAAUCGCACAUGAGAAUUGGUAAAGGGAACGCUAAGGAAAUACGGGGUGGUGCAUUAUGCGACAUCGAGGAGGGCCGUGGGUGGCUAGGCGGCCCCAUCUAUCGAGGUCGCUAG